GAAGAUUACAUGUGGGAAGAUGUACUAGUAAUACCUGAUUGGAUAUCUUGGUGAUAAAUAGAAUUUGUUUCCCAUAAUAUUAUUCCACACUCUCAGUAACAUAUCAGCCUUUGGACAAUGAAGUGUGCAGCAAUCUUGGGUCUGUUUGUUUGUUUGGUAUUAGUGGAAGAUGCCUUCGCUGAUUCCCUAGGGACGUAUUUUUAUAAAGAACUAGGAUGCACAGAAAAGACAGAUUCAAAAGUAGUUCAAUAUACUUGUCCAGAUUUUUUGCCUAAAAACGGAACAUGCAAUUUCAAGAGAAGUGUGCUAAAUAUUGGUGAAGAGGUUGAUAAAGAAGACUUGAAGGGGAGUUGUCAUGCGACAUGUGUAUGUUCUGGGGAUGGACACAUAACCUGCGCACAUUAUGACUGUUUCGAAAGAUUGAAAUCAGGAUGCUCUCAUUUCAAGUACAGCCUAGAUCGUUGUUGUGCUGUAGAUUCCGUAUGUGGGCCUAUUGCAACUUGCGAAAUCGAGGGUAAAACUUACCAAGAGGGAAACACUGUACAUUUGAAAGAGAAAUGUGAAGUAUGCGUUUGCGAUGUUAACUUCCAACAGAAAGCUCCCUUUUGCCGCCCAAGAAAAUGCUACGAUAGAGCCACAUUUGCCAACGCAAUUGAAAGAUUUGGAGCGCCAGCUUUCUUCAAAAAUGAAAAUUGUUGUCCUAACGUUUGGGUGACUGACGAAGGACAAGAAUUGGUGAAAAUGAACCAAGAGACUGCUUCAGAGUCAGGAGUAUCUUGUAACUUUGGAACUAGGAAGGUAGCCUUGGGUUAUGGAUUUAAGACAAAGGUGAAACCAUAUGGAACAGAAGUUUCGUUGAACUGUGAAUGCAGUAUGCCACCUUACCUUAUUUGCAAGGAAGCUGCUUAGAACAUCGCUGAAUCAUCGUUACUGGAUAGCUUUAUUUGUAAAACUCAACAAUCUAGAUAUAAUAAUUCAUGUUUUCUAAUGCAAAAUAAAUUAAUUUAGGAUAGCAA